AAGUAUUCAGAAAGUCAUCUUUUACUUCUCAAUCACUUUGUUAUCUAUCUCCAUUUUUUCUAUUCUUCUCCAACAGCUAUCCACAAGAGGGGAGAGUAACUCGGGAAGAUCAAGCAGAUUGGGUGACUGGGCGGACGAAGCAGAGGCGUGCGAGGAGGGUGAAGGCGCAGUAGAUGCCAGCAGCAUCGGGAACGACGCAGCAGAUGCCAACAGAAUCGGGAAGGACUCAGCAAGAAGGAAGAAGUGCCUCUAUCUCAGAUGGGUGUAUUGCUCAUCGGAACCGUGUGAUUCAACAGGAACUAAGUCUACAAGAGGUAAGACGAUUGAUUGCAGCUGGGCGACGGUUGGGCAUGCAGUUCCAAGGAAAUGAAGAGGAGGUGGAAUCUCGAUUUUUAGAGCUGGAGCAGAGGGAUGAGAGGGUUGGGGGGAACGGUGAAGAGGAGGGAACUGGGACAGUUUUUGUCAAAUUGGAGGAAUUUACAGGAGAUGGGUACUUGGGUAUAAAAGGAGUUUGGGGUUCAAAAGAGGAGCAGUGUGUUUUUGUGAACGUAUAUGCUCCGAGUGAUAGAAGAAGUAAGGUUGAGUUAUGGGAUGAGCUGAGCCGGAAAAUUAUAGAAGAGGGUGGGAGAUGGUUGCUGGCAGGGGACUAUAAUGUUGUUUGGUGUCUUGAAGAAAAAAGGGGAAGGACAUGUAUGAGUGUAGAUAUGUUGGAGUUUGAUGCUUUCAUAGAGUCAACAGGAUUGGUUGAUAUUAAGUUGGCCAAUCGGAAGUUUACAUGGUAUAGACCAGAUGGUACAUCCAUGAGCAGAUUGGAUAGGAUAUUGAUGACUGUGGAGAUGAGCAGUAUGGGUGAGGAAUGGGUGCAGCAAGGGUUGAGGAGAGAUAUAUUCGAUCACUGUGCCAUUGUUUUGAAAACAAGAGUCACGGAUUGGGGGCCUAAACCUUUUCGGGUGUUGGACGUUUGGCAGCAACAUCUAGAUUUUAAGAAAGUAGUUGAAGGCAAAUGGACUGAGAUGGUGGUUGAUGGGUUUGCAGGUUAUAGAUGCUUACAGAAAUUAAAGAUGUUGAAGAAUUUUUUGAAAGGGUGGAAUAAGGAAGUGUUUGGGGAUAUAGAAGUUCAAUAUCAAGCUGUUGUGGAUAAGGUUGCUCGGAUUGAUAUGAAGAAUGAAGAGGCUGAUUUAGAAGGGGAAAAGGUUGCAAACGAUAGAAAGGUUCAUAAUAACAUUAAUGGGUUUGCAUGUGAAGGCAAGUGGGUGGAGGAGCCAAAGGAGGUGAAGAAAGAGGUUGUCAGGUACUUUAGUAAGAUGUUUGACGGAGAAUCAUGGCAACGUCCCAAGCCUGUCGGAAUCAAUUUUAAACAGAUCUCGGAAGAGAAGAAAGCGGAAUUAGAAAGGCCCUUUUCUGUAGAGGAGAUUGAGGAAGGAUUGAAGAGCUGUGAGGGAACUAAAGCACUUGGGCCAGAUGGAUUUAAUUUUAAUUUUCUCAAAUGUGUGUGGAACUGUUUGAAGGAGGAUUUUAUGAGCUUUUUUGAGGAAUUCCACCAUAAUGGCAGGAUGGGCUUUGGAAUGAAAUGGCGCGGGUGGAUUAGAGAAUGUCUUUCAACAGCAAGGAUUUCUGUAUUAGUUAACGGGAGCCCGACGGAGGAGUUUGGGAUGGGAAGAGGUUUAAAGCAAGGUGACCCGUUAUCACCGUUUCUUUUUUUGAUAGUUGCUGAGGGGUUAAAUGGGUUAGUUAGGAUAGCAGAAACUGAAGGAAUGUUACAUGGCCCAGCAGUGGGUAAUAAGGGGUUAACUGUUUCUUUGUUUCAAUUUGCUGAUGAUACGGUGAUUUUGGGGAAUGCUGACAGCGAAAAUAUAUUUGCGGUGAAGACCAUUUUAAGAUGUUUCGAGUUGAUGUCUGGAUUAAGGAUUAAUUUUUCCAAGAGUAGUGUGGUCGGUUAUAAUGUGUCAGAAAGGUGGAUUAAAGGGGCAGCAAGUGUCUUACAUUGUGGUGUUGGGGAAACUUCAUUUAUGUACUUUGGGUUGCCGGUUGGUGGGAAGAUUAGGUGUACGAAGAUGUGGGAACCGGUUCUGAAAAAAUUUCGAGCCAAGCUUGCCGUCUGGAAGUCUUCUACGCUGCCUUUGGUGGCCGCAUCACUCUACUCAACUCGUAUUCAACGGGCUUUCUUGUGGGGUGGGGUGGAGUUAAAGCGGCGAAUUCAUUGGGUUAAGUGGGAUUAUAUUUGUUUCAGUAAGAGGAAGGGAGGCCUAGGAGUGUUAGAUUUAUGUAGGAAAAACUGGGCGUUAUUAGGAAAAUGGUGGUUCAGAUUAGGGGAUGGGGUGGAGGGUUUGUGGAAGAAGGUGGUGAAGGAGAAAUAUUAUGGGGGUAGGGAAGAAGUAGAUAUUAUGGCAUUGGAGAGUGUGAGGGUAUCUCAGAUUUGGAGGGAUAUUAUCGGUAUAGGUCAACGAUCUGGAAGGUUACAGGAUAUGUUGGUCAAGGGGUUCAAAUGGGAGGUAGGGGAGGGUUGUCGAGUGGGGUUGUGGAGGUCGAUUUGGGUGGGGGAGAAAGCUUUACGGGAAUUGUGUCCUAGAUUGUUUGAGUUGGCUGUAAAUAAGGUGGGAUUAGUAAGUGAGAUGGGGGGCUGGGAGGCGGGUAGUUGGCGGUGGAAUAUAAUUUGGAGGAGAGGGAGGUUUGGAAGAGAGAAGGAUGAGGAGUUGAUGUUGUGGGAGGUGUUGAGUACAGUUGGUAUUAAGGUGGGAGUUGAAGAUCGUUGGCAGUGGAUUCAUGUUUCAGAUGGGAAGUACGUGGUGAAAAAAGCUUAUGAGUUUUUGGAAUCGACGGAAUCUAUUCUUAAUGAUUGGUUGUGUAAGUUAAUUUGGUGUCGUUUAGUACCCUCUAAAGUAAGCUUCUUUGGGUGGAGAUUAUGUCUUCAGAGACUUCCAACAAAAUGGAAUUUGCAAAAGAAAGGAGUGGCAUUAGAGGGGGGCUUAAUGCGUGGGUUGUGUAAUGAGGAGGUGGAAGAUAUUAAUCAUGUGUUUUGUUCAUGUAAGGAAGUUUGGUUAAUUUGGGUUAUGGUUUUGUCUUGGUGGGGUUUUGAGGUUGUGUUGCCGGAUAUUCUGGAGGGGGUAGUAGAAAUUUUCUUGUUUGGGUUGGGUAAGGUGGUAGGGAAGGAGUUGGGUGCAAGCCUCUUUCUUGUUACAUCAUGGUAUAUAUGGUAUUGGAGGAACUGUAGAGUAUUCAAGGGAGAUGUGGCUCUUCGGGAGGGGUUGUUGGCUAUGAUAUAGGAAAAGACUUUCUUCUGGUGCAAGAAUAAAGUGUAGGGAUGUGUAUUUUCGGUUAGUGAUUGGAAGCUAAAUCCGCAUGGGUGUGCUGCAGCUAUGAGAAAUCAUAAGAGGAGGCAAAAGGAGUUCCAUCUAAACCAAACAGGAAGGGUAUAGAGGUAGCAGUAGCCAGAUGAUUCCUUAUUAUUUUUGUUUCCAUUGGGUUUAAUUUAAUUUUGUAUAUGGGUUAGAGUACCCCUUGUACUCUGCAUUAUAAAGUUGAUUUUUGCUA